UCUAUUGCCUGGUUUCACCGCUCUCGUUGCGAACCGUUUGGAGAGGGAGAAGAAGAAGAAAGACGGAGAAGCGAGGAGAGAGAGACAGAUACAACCCUAACCCUAAGAGAACCGCAGAGACUCCACAUAUACCCUAGAUCUGAUCACGAACCCUAAGAUUUCUACAUUGAGAGACUCGCUCUCUCACCGUCUUUUGAUCCACUUCAUGGCGAAUCGAAGAAUAGCGAUUCUACUCUUCCUGUUGUGUGGUUUAGCGUCUGCCAUCACCUCCAUUGCAGGAAAGAGCUAUUAUGAUGUUUUGCAAGUUCCAAAAGGUGCUUCGGAUGAACAGAUCAAGAGGGCGUACAGGAAGCUGGCGUUGAAGUACCAUCCCGAUAAGAAUCAGGGAAAUGAGGAGGCUAAUAAGAAAUUUGCCGAGAUUAACAAUGCUUAUGAGGUGCUUUCGGACAACGAGAAGAGGAAUAUUUACGAUAGAUACGGUGAAGAGGGGCUUAAACAGCAUGCCGCAAGUGGUGGCAGAGGUGGCGGUGGAAUGAACAUUCAAGACAUAUUUAGCUCUUUCUUUGGUGGAGGUCCAGCCGAGGAGGAAGAGAGAAUUGUAAGAGGUGAUGAUGUAAUUGUUGAAUUGGAUGCAACACUAGAAGAUUUGUACAUGGGGGGUUCCUUAAAGGUUUGGAGGGAGAAAAAUGUUUUAAAGCCAGCCCCAGGUAAGAGACGCUGUAACUGUCGGAAUGAAGUCUAUCACAAGCAAAUUGGUCCAGGGAUGUUCCAGCAGAUGACAGAGCAGGUCUGUGAGCAAUGUCCAAAUGUGAAGUAUGAAAGGGAGGGGUAUUUCAUCACUGUCGAUAUUGAGAAAGGGAUGCAGGAUGGGCAAGAGGUGGUUUUCUAUGAUGAUGGUGAACCUAUAGUAGAUGGAGAACCUGGAGACCUGAAGUUCCGUAUUCGGACAGCCCCCCAUGAUCAGUUCAGAAGGGAAGGCAAUGACUUGCAUACAACCGUUACUAUAACACUGGUUCAGGCUCUUGUUGGCUUUGAGAAAACGAUUAAACACCUUGAUGAACAUCUCGUAAACAUUGGGUCAAAGGGAAUCACUAAGCCUAAGGAAGUGAGGAAGUUUAAAGGGGAAGGGAUGCCAUUGCAUUUUAGCACAAAGAAAGGGGAUCUCUAUGUCACAUUUGAGGUUCUAUUCCCUUCAUCACUGACAGAAGAACAGAAGACAAAAAUCCAGGAAAUUCUUGGUUAGUGGACAUAGGUUUCCCCCUUGUAACAUGAUGAGGUUAUACAAACCUUCAGGCUGCCUUGCGGCUUUUUCUUUUCUCUUCGAUUUUUCCUUUCUUUUUCAAGUAGUUUCCACCCUUUUUUAUUUUGAAAGAAGUAGCACGUUCUACUUAGGGAAGUCUACGCUGUAAUCCUGCUGUGUGUAGGCGCUUUUUGCAUACUAUUUUUGACCCAUGUGAGGUAUAGUUACUCAUUUGUUUCCUUACCAAGUUCUACCAAUUAAUUAUAUAGCAAAUUGUAAGCCUUUACGUGCUUCUGGGUCA